AUGAGUGAUUCCAGCGAGGAGGAAAUUAUAAACAUAAGUAGGAGGGGGCGUCAGACAGUAAAGAAACGUGUGCUUGAGGAUCUUUUUGAGGAGGACGACAAUGCCGCCUCUGAGGAAAGCAUCUCUUCCAUCGACUAUGGAGACAGAGACUCUUUAUUCUUUGAAAUUUUUGGUACAGGAGAGGAGUAUGGCUACGUUCUUGAAGACGAACGAGGAGAGUUGGAUGAAGGGAUUGCCGAUGGUGAUUUGGUAACGCCGAAAGAUGAAUCCAUUGAUCCAAACAAGGUAUAUGAAUAUGCAAUGAAUAGUAUGCAAGUUAAUUCUGAGUCGCUCAAGAAAGUUAUUGAGCUAUUAGGGAAGGGAUACAGCAUUCACUUUGUGCUGUUGCACAACUCUGUUGAAGAUAUUGGAAUUGAAGAAGGAUACAAGAUUGUAGACAUUUUUAAUGAAUACAGGGAAUUUAUGGGCCUGAAAAAGAAGAUAAAUGAAAAGUAUGGAGAUGACGAACUUCUUCAGAAUAUUGAAAUCGUCCAUGCUCUUAAGUGGUACUCUAGAUAUAAAAAGCACUUGCAAAAAGAUCUUAAGCUUCCUCAGGAAUUACUUUCUGUAGAAGACUUUUGUGAGAAUAUAAGAAUGAAGAAGAGGAUUCAUGAACCUCAGGAUUCUUCCUCUUUUUUAGGGUUUGAUAAUGAAUCCGAACUGGUUCAAAGAAUCUCUCUGCAUCCUUUGUUCAGAAGUGCUCUAUACAUGAUUUUUAAGAAUCACGGGAUAAGAAACGAUAAAAAUGAGCUUCAGGUCAGAGAUGAUAUCAUAAGGAAAAACCUAGUAGACUUCUAUUUGAGCGAUAUUUCAUAUGACGAUCCUUGGAAUAGAUGCCGAGAAAGGAUAGUGCGCUCUUCAAUAGAAAAAGUAAGUAAAGAGGUGAUUAUUCCUUUGGUUCUUGAGGAGAUGAGGCUUGAAGAAACAAAAAAGAAUGUUUUUACUGAAGUUGUUGACAGAAUAGUAAAUGGAUCGAUAGGAAUCAAAAGAGAAGGGACACAUGUGUGUGGUGUUACAAAAGAAAAGAAGUACCUCAAAGCAGUCAUUGUGAAUUUUGAAGGGGAUCUGGUCGACUGUACAACUGUUAGGGAAGAAGAGGAGGACGAGCUUCUGAAGUUUAUUGGGGAGUUUAACCCCUGUUGCACUGCAGUUAGCGGAUUUACUACAUCUAUCAGAUAUUUGAUGAAGACUCUUUCGCAGUGGAAUCCUCUUUAUGUCGAGAACAAAAUCGGGCAAAUGAAAUCGGAGGGCACCUAUUCGUUUUGCUACAACAUAGCAAGGCUGAUACAAUGCCCUGAGAUUGAGUACAGCGACAUGCUAAAUAAGAACAUCAUGUAUAUCCAAGAGGUUUUACCCAGAAAUCUAAUGGUCGAGACUAUAAAAAGAGGAAUUCUAACCGCAAUAUCGAUAGUCGGAGUUGACGUGAAUUACCUUCUUAACAAUAAAAGAAAGGAAGGCCUACUGUCGCUCAUCCCAAUUAGUGAUACUCUAAGGGAUAGCCUAUCUAAUCUGAAAUAUGUAGCAAAGCUAGAAGAUCUUCAGGAUCUGUGUGAAAGUGAAGAAGAAUACAUCAAUCUUACAACAUAUCUCAGGAUAUACCCUGAAGUGCUUCCCAGAGGUUCUAGGAAUGAAGUGCUGGAUUCUACGCCGGUCCAUCCAAAGAAUUACGGCAUUGCGAGGAGGCUGUGUACAGAUUUGUGCAAUGAAGAAUCUGUCGGUGGAAAGGCCGUUGACUCAGUAAAGAAGGCAUUAAGUAACGAUAAAGAGAUCCUGAGGAUUUCUGAUUCUAAUAUCCAGAAACUCGAAGACCCUAUGGCUAUCAACGUUUAUAAGACUUUGCUGGAUAGCGAUAGAUCGAUAUAUUCUGGCCUCCCUGACCAUCUUAUCUUCGAAGAACUAACAGGAUCUGGGCCAGACAUGAUUGGAAAGAUAAUAGAAGGGAGGAUUUCGAAGUGUGGACCCACGUACUAUCUCCUGAGUUCUGAUUCCACCUCUGCAGCCAUAUACAUAAAAAAGCACAGGGAUCAAGAAGAGCUUUUCUUAAAUCAACUGGUAACUGUAAAGAUCCAGUACAUGAAUGACUUCUUAUUAUCAUACACAGCAAACAUUGUUACUUCAGAAAAGAAACCUCAUCACUCCCGCUUUAUGACACAUCCCUUGUUUAAGGAUUUUAACAGCGAGGAAUCUGAAAGAUAUCUCAGAGAUAAUUCUUCUUCCAUACUUCUAAGAAGAAGUAGGAGAGAUGGAUCCCCUGUGGUGGUUCUAAAGGUAUCUGAUGACAUAUAUGUCCACAUAAAGAUACAGGAGGCAGAAAAGUAUUACUACAAGGAAGAUUCAUAUGAUGACCUAGACGAAUUCAUAUCUAGAACAGCCAAAAAAAUGCUUACAAACUUUAAGAGUAUAAAAAGUCAUAAGUAUUACUUUGAAGAUGAAGAAAAACUCCUGGAGUACCUUAACCAAGGGGGAAGCUAUAUAAGAUAUGGCUUUUGUUUCAGCAAAAAGUAUCCGGGAAAACUCUGCAUGAUGUAUCGUGAUGGAUAUAAUCGCAAAGAGUAUAUCACUGUGGAAGAUUAUCUUGUGUACGAAGGUAAGAAUUUUGCAAGUCUCGAUGAGUUUGUAAGGUACAAAAAGUCUUUAUAA